GCCAAGCUCAAACCGCAUGAUCUUCUACUUCCACGAAGUUUCGGGUGAUACCAGCAGCUACCCUGCGGCCUUCUUCUCCUACUAGUCUACUACUGCCAAAUCGUCUCUCUCCCACCCACCUCUUCUUCGCAAGUCGUGACCUGCGAAAUUUCAACACCAAAAAUCAAGCGAGUCUUGCCCAAAGCAAACGCGUCAGGAACGGCCAGGACGCGUCAAGAACGCCAUAUAAAUUCCAUCGCCGGCGAUCGUUGGUCCAUCAGUUACCCAUUCUAACUACCAACACAUCCGUCGCCUUGCCGAGGAGAUCAUCAGUUCAGUUCAGGACGCGCAGAUGGCCUCCUACGAGAAGCCGCAGCCGCAGCCGCCGGCGAACGCGGCGCCCUACUACGCGUACCCGGCCCCGCAGCAGCCGGCGUACUACGCGCCGCCGCCUCCCCCUCCGCCCGCCCCGCGCCGGAGCGCGCCCGGCUGCUUCCUCUGCUUCGUCUUCAAGGUCAUCGCCCUCGUCGUCAUCGCGCUGGGGGCUGCCGUCCUCGUGCUCUGGCUCAUCCUGCGCCCGGGCGCCGUCAGGGCCACCGCCGUCUCCGCCACGCUCUCCCGCUUCGACCUGUCCGAAGGCGGCGGCCGCCGCGGCGGCGAGGGGAUCCUCCAGUACAACCUCACCGUGGACGUCCGCGUCCGCAACCCCAACCGCUUCCGCAUCCACUACGAGUACGCCGAGGCGCAGGCGUCCUACGACGGCGAGCGCUUCGGGUUCGACCCCGUCGACCCCUUCUACCUGGAGAGGAAGGGCGAGCACACCGUCACGGCCGCGUUCGCCGGCUCGUCCGCCGUCGACGACCGCGGCGCGCUGCGCUCGUACCAGAGGGAGAGGAGCGACGGUUUGUACAUCGUCAAGGUUAGGCUGUACGCCGACCUCGGGUUCAAGGUCAGGGUCUUCAACGCGCGCCGCAAGAGCAAGAUCAGCUGCACGCUCCGCCUGCCGGCGCCGAACGCGAACGCGAGUGCGGUGCCGGUGCCCACGAUGCUGGGGACGAGGUGCGGCGUGGACUUCUGAUCCGCGCGCGACGAUCCAUCACAACGGGACGCUUACGCCGGCUGCCGUGCCGACGAUUAUGUUUAGUUUGACGCUGGUAGUAUGUGUUUGUCAUUUUGGAAACGUGAAUUAGACAGAUGGCCGUGCUUAUAUUCUUGUAUGUAACCGCGUCUACGUUCUUUCGUUUUCAUUAGAUGUGUAUAUAUCUAUGAAUAAUUCGGCACAUUGAAUUCGUUUUUAUACAACUUAUUAUACUGGGAA